UUUUCUUUCUUCAGUUCCAGUUCUUCCUCUCCAUCUCCGUACUCGAAAGUUACUAAGAACUGCAAAAUCCCCAUUGACUCUCUCUGAUUCUCUGCAACAUUCAUCUCUAACCCAUGAGCUAGGGUUUAUGGCCGAAGAAGCAUAACAACAACAAUUAAGGAGAUUCAAGCUUUAUUAUACAACACGAAUCGACAUUAGAAGAAGAAGAAGCAAAGAAGAUGAAGAAGCUAAGCGUUGUCCUCAUUUCUCUUGUGAUUUGCCUUCUCAUUGCAGCUUCCACUGUCAGAUCGGCUUCUUCUCCUCCCAAAUUCCAGUUUCUCGGAAUCGCUCCCGAAGAUGAGAAAUACUACGAGUCGUCGGAAUUUAUAAAAUGUAAAGACGGAUCCAAGAAAUUCACCAAAGCUCAGCUCAACGAUAACUUCUGCGAUUGCGUCGAUGGCACCGACGAGCCUGGAACAUCUGCAUGCCCAAAUGGAAGAUUCUACUGUCGAAACAAGGGACAUGUUCCUCAAGUAUUAUUCUCUUCAAGAGUGAAUGAUGGAAUAUGUGACUGCUGUGAUGGGAGUGAUGAGUAUGACAAUAAAGUAACUUGCCCAAAUACAUGUUGGGAGGCUGGGAAAGCAGCUAGAGACAAGCUGAAGAGAAAGAUUGCAACUUAUCAAGAGGGGGUUACUAUAAGAAAGCAGGAAGUUGAACGGGCAAAAGCAGUUACUGCUAAGGAUGAGGCAGAAUUAUCAAAGUUGCAAAGUGAAGAGAAAACACUUAAAGGGCUGGUCCAACAGCUUAAAGAGCGUAAAGAACAAAUAGAAAAGGCAGAGGAGAAGGAACGCUUACGGAAAGAGAAAGAAGAAAAGGAAAAGAGAGAAGCUGAAGAGAAAAGAAAAGCUGAGUUGGAAGCCAAGCAGGAGAAUGGUGAAGGUGUUACGAAAGCAGAUGAUGAAUACAAAACCAUAGAGAGUAAAGAUGAUGAUAAGAUAGGGUCUUUAGAGGGUUCUCCUUCGGAUCAGGAUACUAUGGAGGACCAUGAUGCUUUAGCUGCUGAACAUAUACCUAGUGAUGCUAGCGGAAAUGAACAACCAUCCUCCCUUCACGAUGUGGAAGUGCAUCCAGCGAAAGAGAUAGAAGAAUCUGCAGCUAUAUCUGAAUCUGGUCUUGAUGUUGGAAGCAAGGUAUCUCCUGAAGAAUUAGUAAAUACGGGCAAUGAUGUAUCUGAAACUACCGAGGGAUUAUCGAAGGAAGAACUGGGUCGUCUUGUUGCUUCUCGCUGGACAGGAGAAGACACUAGGAAGCAAACAGAGAAGGUUGAUGAAAAAGAUAAUGAUCUUGAAGACAAUGAAGGCACUGAAGAGAUGCCAGACGACACACAUGAUCACGAAGAUGAUGGUUAUGCUUCAGAAACUGAUGAUGAGCACCACAGAUACGAUGAUGACAUUGUAGAGGAUGUAGAAGAAAACUAUAAAGAGGAUCCUCUUGAUUCUAGUUCUUCGUACAAAUAUGAGUCUGACACUGAAUCAGACUCGUCAGACGAAUCUUCCCCAAGUAGCUCUUCUUGGUUGGAGAAGAUACAACAAAAGGUGCGGAACAUUCUACAGGCUGUAAAUCUUUUCCAGACUCCAGUGAAUCAGUCAGAUGCUGCUCGUAUACGCAAGGAAUAUGAUGAUUCCAGUGCUAAGUUGUCUAAAAUACAAGGGAGAAUAUCAAGUUUGACACAGAAGCUAAAACAUGAUUUUGGACCAGAUAAGGAGUUCUAUUCGUUGUACGAUCAAUGUUAUGAAAGCAAGCAGAACAAGUAUGUUUACAAAGUGUGCCCAUUUAAAAAAGCUUCCCAGGUAGAGGGACACAGUACAACUAAUUUGGGGCGAUGGGACAAAUUUGAGGACUCAUACAGAGUCAUGGUGUUUUCAAACGGCGAUAAGUGCUGGAAUGGGCCUGAUAGAAGUUUGAAGGUUAAGCUUAGAUGUGGAUUGGAAAAUGAGGUUACUGAUGUAGACGAACCAAGUCGUUGCGAAUAUGUAGCAUUGUUGUCAACCCCGGCCCUAUGUCAUGAGGAAAAACUCAAGGAACUGCAACAUAAACUAGACUUGAUGAACAAGGAACAACCACAGAGCCACGAUGAGCUUUGAGUUCUCUCAUGGAUUUUUCCCUUCACCCUGCGGAUAGAUUAUCGAUUAAUUUCCUUUUGGAUGUAAUAACUAAUAUGGGACAUCUCCAGUGAGUCCUAAAGCGACACAUUCAAUUAGUGAGCUGAAUUUUUGAUUCUAAAAGACACUCAUUGAACAAUAUUUACUUGGGUGGGGUAGGUUGAAACCUUUCUAUUUCGGAAAUGGAUAGAUUCUGUCUUACAUUUUUCAAGUAAACUAAUACAAGAAUAUUUUAGUACUAAAUAUUUAGGUGCCUGAGAAU